AUGUCUGCAGAGAACCCCCAAGUUUCCGCUCAAUCUCGUGCUGAACAAAAGGCUCGCAAGUCUCUUCUUUCUCUUGGCUUGAAGCCUGUCAAUGGCAUUACCCGCGUCACCUUCACCCGUGGUAGAGGUAUUGUCUUCGCCAUCAACAGACCUGAAGUCUUCAAGAGCGUCAAUUCCGACACUCACAUUGUCUUUGGUGAAAUGUCUGUUGAUGACAUGGCUGCUCGUGCUCAACAAGCUGCUUUGGAACAACAACUCGCCACUGAAGGUGAAAAGACCGAAGAAAAGUCUUCUGAAGAAGCCCAAGCUGCUGUUGAAGAAGAAGAAGAAGAAGUUGAUGCUGAAGGUGUUGAAGAAAAGGAUAUUGAAUUGGUUAUUAACCAAGCCAACGUUUCCCGCGCCAAGGCUAUCAAGGCUCUCAAGAACAACGAUAACGAUGUUGUUAACGCCAUCAUGGAACUUACUAUGUAA